CAAGGCGCUUAUGGUAUUUAAAACAGCACCGUGGAUAAACACCGUGCUGAAGUGGCUCCCGUUCAGACGAAGAAGAAAACAGCCACACGAUACUUAUAGACAACCAACCAACCAUCCAUCUAGUCACAGUUUGAUUUGGUUCGUCCAGCGGGAACGGGUCUGUCUCUCACGGUGAGCUGAGCUUUAACAGCGUUUUGUUUUUAUACAGUCGUCACCAUCCAGAUGUGCAUCUAAGAAGACGGCGACGGCAUUAAAUGGACUUUCCGUUAUUUUUUUUUUGGUUUGCGAGCCGACGCUGCCGGAGUUGUUCUGUCCGGAUACUGUGGAGUUGAUUUUUUAAUAGGAAACACCUGUAGCUGAAUCCGCUACACAGUCUCUAAUAUAUUGGACUAUUAUUACCCACAAACCAACAGAAAUGUUUUGAUACACUAUCUAUUUUCUGCAGGCAGGCAGGGAGGGCUGGUCUCUCUGACGCCGUCGGCCAUCUAAUCUCCAAUGCAAAAGAGCGAAGGUAAAGCCAUUUACUGGUCCAUUAAUAUCUAAGCUUCUCUCUCGGCUCUCUGUGCUGCUCGCACACAGGAACAUGGAUAGAGAGGAAUUCGCUGUGACAAGAGCUUUGACUGGAUUCGUAUGGAUGGUGUUCUCUUGUCCAAACUAACAAAUAAAAAAAGACAGUGGAAUUGAGCUCAACAAACGACCACGGUGCGUCUGGCGGUUCGCGAUCACCAUCCUUUUUUGUUGUUGUUGCGCAUCGCUUUUAAGUAAAUUAAUUGAAUGCAUUUUUAAUGUAGCCGGGGGAGAUCAGAGGUGGGCUUAUAUUUGAAUUAAAAAACAACCAUGGGGGGCACAGAUGAGUGUAAAACCAUGCUGGAUGCUCUGAACAAAGUCACAGCGUGCUACAGGCACCUGGUCAUCGCGCUGGGCAGCACAUCGGACUCUCAGAACCUGCGCGAGGAACUCAAAAAGACCCGGAAGAAAGCCCAGGAGCUGGCGGUGGCCAACCGGAAUAAACUAACCGAGUUGCUCAAAGACAAGACCACCAGCAAGGACGACCGGGCUGAGUAUGAGAGGCUAUGGGUGCUGUUCACCAGCAGCAUGGAGCUACUGGAAGUGGACAUGAAGCGGAGUUUGGAGAUAGGGCAGGAGUUCCCCCUCAAGGUGCCCACCAGACACCUCAUCCAGACGGGCAUGACCGGCAGCACCACCACGGUGGCCGCCAGGGCCAUGUCUGUGCAGAACAUGAAGUACGACGCGGACAGCAACAUCGACACUGCCGACCUGAAGGAACUCCAGGCUGAGAUCACCCAGGUGGGUCAGAUGAUGGAGGAGAUGGAGAUGAAGGUGCAGGUGGCUCCGUGGGCCGUGGAGGCCAAGCAGGAGGCCGGCGCCGAGCUCAAAUCCACCCUGAGCGUCGGGAACUCCUCCGUGGGCGUCAUUUCCAUCUGUGAAGAGGAGCCCAAGGACGAGAUAGAUGAAGGAGGUGACAAUAACGGCAUGAUCACAUGCAUCGCUGGGUUCAUAUUCGUUGCUAUUGUAGUAAUCGCCGGGAUUCUAGGAUACUUCGUAAUCGGUGGAUAGGAUACUUAGUUCUGGACGUUUUGAGCCAGCCUGGGAAUACUUCACAGAUAAACAGCGGGCGCAGCUCAGAGACAGAUACAGCCCGGGAUGGACACUAGGCAGGUUAUAUGCCCGGAGAAACGGCUCUGUUGUUGAGGAGAGAGAGACUAGCGCGAGGAGCUGUCCAGACGAUGAAAACUGUUACGUCUGCAUCCCAAAUGGCACCGAUUCCACAUAUAGUCCUCUACUUUAGACCAGAGUCACUACAAGGCUUUAUUCCACAUAUAGUCCUCUACUUUAGACCAGAGUCACUAUAAGGCUUUAUUCCACAUAUAGUCCUCUACUUUAGACCAGAGUCACUACAAGGCUUUAUUCCACAUAUAG